AUGUAUAAUGAAGCAGAAACGUUUGUUGAGGCACGUUAUAUUUCGCCCCCUGAAGCAUGUUGGAGGCUAGCUGGAAAUGAAAUCCAAAGGAAAAGCCAUUCGGUGCAACGUUUGGACAUCCAUCUAGAAGGUCAGUACCGUGUGGGAAACAUGGAACAGACACAAGAAGAUGUAGCAGACACCGGCCUGAAAGGUUCCACCUUAGAGGCGUACUUUAAACACAACUCUAAACUUCACAUUGAAGAAGAGAAUGGGAAUGAAGUAAACUACUACUUCUACUGGCAGAUGCCAGAAAAGUACAAAUGGUUAGGCAAAACAAGUGAAUGGGUGGUACGACAGCGAAGCUCAAAAACUAUUGGAAGGAUCCACACUGUGAACGUGGUGGCCCAACCAGAAUUUUUAUCACUUAAGAAUGCUCCUCUUUCACACCAAAGAUUCCAAAAGUUUUGA